UGCGCGUGUGUGUGUAGGUGUGUGUGUGUGUGUGUUGGACUUGUUCACACUUGUGUGUGCGUGUGUGUGUGUGUGUGUGUGUGUGCACGUGACCCUGCCAAAUGGGCUUUCCCUGUGUGUGACAAGACGGGGGGGGGGGUUCUGAGUAGAAACAGAGCGUUCAAUGUUUCAUGUUACACUCCCCAGCUUGGAAAAAAAAAGAGAAGAAGAAAAAGAGGAGGAGGAGGAGAAAGAGGAGGAGGAAACCUGGCGCUUCUUUUCUUCAGAGGCAUUUAACUGGGAGUUUAUGGAGGCUGCAGUCGUGGAAAAUGAAGAUCUCCUCUGUGGUCUUCGCUCUCCUGACUCGAGCACUGCUUGGAGAUUUGUCUUUUGCUAUCAACGUCACCAUCACCCCUUCCCCCUUCACGGUGGCCCAAGAGGGUCAAAAUGUCACACUCUCCUGCGUUGUGUCCCAGCGGCGUCGCAACGCUGCUUUGCCGGUGGUGAAAUGGUCCUUCCUGCCAAAAGGCGCGGAACGGCCAGAGGACGAAGUCCUCAUCGCCCGCGUCAACAUGAGGAAAGCCCGUUUCUAUGGCAACUACACCAAGAGUUUCCCCUGGCCCAAACUGAAGCUGGCGGUGGUGAAGCAGGGGAAGAUAUUUGACCUGGUGGUCUUGAAUGUGUCCGAGGGGGACCGGGGGCUCUACAUGUGCCGGGUGCAGGAGUUCAGAAAGCACCAGGACCGCUGGAAGGCCUCAUCCAACUGCACCGCCGCUACUGAGCUCAGAGUGCAUGUCAUACCGGCCACCAAGGCCAAAGAGAGCUUGUGGAGUUUGUUUGAAGAUGUGUAUCUGUGUGCAGUGCUGAUCUGCUCAGUGGGCUUGCUGUGUAUGUGCAUGUUCACGGUCACGGUAACUUGCCAGUACAUACAGAGGAAGCAGAGGUUAAAAGAUAAUUACCUUUUGGUCAAAAGCCCUCAGAACAGCUCAGGAGAGACAGUCACCAGUAUGAUCAAUGGUUCUCCCGCUCUGCCGAAGAAGGAGAGGAGGUACAGGAAGAAGAGGAGCAGAGACUACCAAGACCAGAUACCACCAGAGAUCCCAGCAAAAGUUCCCAUUGGAGACAAAACACGGAAACCCAAACUUUUAAAACCCCAACGGAAAGUAGUGUUGCCGAAGAUAGUGGAGGAGAACCUGACCUACGCAGAGCUGGAUCUGGUGAAGCCCAUUCCGGAAGCCAAGGCGUCGUGCAGCGGCACUGUGUACGCCCAGAUACUGUUUGGGGAGCAGCAGCUAUGAGAUAAUAAACACCACUAAUACCUGUGCCUUAUGUAAAAAGUAUUGUCUAUUUAUAGUCUGUGUUACGCUUCGUGAAGAGCAAAAUGUUGACACAAUUGUACAUAUGAUCUUUAAAUGUGCCUUGGUAUGACUUCCUUUUUAUGAGACCAGGAUGCAAAGAGGAAUGUACGUGCAGCUUUACACUAGGAACACAAUACAAGACUGUGCUAAUUCAGACCAGAGUUGUCCAUCGUGACAAUCGGAGGGGAGAUUGGAGAUUUUUAAAUCGCAGAUCUAAUUUUUAAGUAUGGAGAACCAGGAGGUGAUUAGCUUGGCUUAGCAUAAAGAAUGGAAGCUUGGGAAAACAGCUGCCUCUAGCUAGCUAGCUGGCUAACAUGACGAGGGAAAUAUAGGCGCUGUACCUGUUUCUUGACGAACGCCUGUUGUUGUUUUCCUUUCUUUAUUUAUAGUUUAAAAAAUUUACAGAAACUCCCUCAACCACAAACGAUUGUAUUAUACAUUUAUGUCUGAGUUUGGAUAAAACAAAUGAGUGUUUAUUCGUGAGCUUUCGAGAUGUAGUUUUCAACUUUCAAAAAAAGGAUACGAGCUGUUUAUCCCUUGUUCACAAGCUAAGCUAAUCGCCUCCCGGCUCUAGCGUCAUGCUUAAUAGUACCAACAUGUUAUGGAGCUCUCGUCUAAGCUAAUUCACAAGAUGUGGAAAUAUUCUUUUUAAAUGGCCUAUAUAAAUAUAAAUUUACAAUUUCAGAUGCUGACCAUUUGAUUCAUUUAAAUAUAUAUAUAAAGGAACAAAAGAAGUCAACCUAUAUACUGAUUUCUGAGAUAUCCUUCAGUCUUUAACAUCUCUAACGUCCGCCAGUUAAGCUCAACUGUGGGAACCAAAUGUUUAUGGAUGUGAACCAAUGCAUUUUUAAAUGUGAUUUACGUAGAGUGUGUUCCCAGUGUUAUCUGCAUCACAAGUUCAGUGUGUUUCUGUGUCAGCCUGCAGUUUAUAACGACCACAACUCCACAGAGUUGAUAUCCCCCCCCCCCCCCCCAACCCCCCCGAGCCGUUUCAUCUGGUGCCAACAUCAACUUAGCAGGCUGUUAACGACACACAAACAUAUAGAUGCAAAGGUGGAGUUAGAUGAAGGCUAAACAUCCUUGUAGGCUUUGCACAAAGGCACACACUUUAAAUCCAAAAGGCUGCAAACAAUUGUGACCUGAUUUACAGACGGGGACAAACUUAAGACCUGUGUCUGGACAAUCUCUCAUAAAUGCCUUCAGUCUGGAUGUACUUGAAAUCUGACAGUGAUUUUGUUGUUUGAAGCCAUAUCUGCUGUAAUCCCACGUACCUUCGUACGGUCUCCUUGCUUUCUCACUAUGAAUGUGACCGUGACAUUGCUUAAGCCUAUGUUUUUUUAACUCCAUUUAAUGAUCCUUCUGGAUUCAGGCAUGGAAAAGCAAAGGAGAGGUUUUUUUUAAACGGUGAACUUGAAACCCAGACACAAAGGCACUGGAUCCCUCCCUUCCCCCAAUACUUCCACUAUCUCAUGUGGAGUUAUCCAUAAAGAUGGAGCCCGUGACAAACAUAAGACUCACUUUCCGCUGCAUGCCUGCUGAAGUUGACGUUUUGCCCCUUUUUGUCGAACCAUAAACUACCAAAAGAUUAACCAGCUAACCCGGCUAGCUAUCUGGCAGUUAGAGAGUAUUUAGUUCAUGAGUAUAUAUGUGGUAUUCUGAGUUGUGUAGUAACCUCCCAUGGUUAGCUAGCUAACAGCUGAUAUACACAUGGCAUUCAUUGGAUUUGUGAGUCUCCGGUUACAAAAAAACAGAAUUUGUCCAUGUCUGUUUUGAAAAAGAAGGAAAAGUAAAAUAGUGUAUUGUAGCCUCAAUCUGCAGUUGCGCUAACUUCCAAUGUGGCUGACAGCCAGGUAGCGCUUGAAAACAUUCUCGGUUCCCCUGCCUAUAUGUUACAAUUCAAUUUGAACCGCGACCGACCUCCAUUUGUUUCCAUUCCAAUUUUCCCUUGUUGGUCUCUUAUGUAUGUACUUCAGUUGCACCGUGAGUAUUAUCCACAUAUGAAAUGACUGAAAACGACCUUUCAGUGGCGGGCAGAAGUGUCUUAUAAAUGCCCUAUGACUGUGAAAUGUAAAGUUUCUUCCAGACCACAUUGUCCGUAACGGGAGUCAACUAACUAGAACCAUGUGUGGGAAUUGUGCCUCUCCCUCUCCCUUUCUCUCUCUCUCUCUCUCUCUCUCUCUCUCUCUUUCCUUUCCCUCUCCUCUCCACCACUGACCUCUACAUUCAUCAACAUUCCAGCAUCUCUUCUCUUGUUUUGUUUUGUGCAUUUUAUCUGUACGGUGUGUAGUGAAAUAAAUGUACAAUGUGAGCAGUUUGAAGCCA